UGAUGAGAUGAUGUAUGGGACAACGCAGCGCAUUAACUCCCACUAUCCCAUCCCGUAAAAUCCCACACAUAGAGAGUUGGAGGUGUUCCGACGCUUUCCGACUCACCAGCAUAACUGAACCCUUAUCGGUUAUGAUAUUAUUGGUAAAACAAGAAACUGAAGGAAAGAUAGAAUGAGGGUGUGGCUUGCAGUAGUGAUAUCGAUAUGGUUAUUGCUUGAACCAAGCUGCGCAGCCGAUCUAAGUUUCGACUUGGGAAGUGCUACCAAGACUAUCUACUCUAAACUGUUGAGCGAUGUGCGUGAUAAAGUGAAGGAUCCAAAACUUAAGUAUGGUGAUACGAAUUUACCAGUAAUUGCGGCACCUUCAAAUCCACCAAAGUAUCUUCUUGUUGAUAUCAAGACACCGGAAGGAGCGACAAUCACAUUUGCUCUGAAUAAAAACGAUUUAUAUUUGGAUGCUUAUCUUGACAAAUUUCAGGGGAAGUUUAGAGCACAUUUUUUUACUAAUACACCCAAUACUGCUAAGAAGAGUCUUUUCCCAGAGGCUAAGGGUGAUGCAAAUCGUGUAGAUAUGUACUAUGCUAAUACAUAUGAUGCAAUUGAGGGUCAGGCUAAAGCUAAAAGAAGCGAGCUGGGUUUAGGAGUUGAGAAAUUAAAAGAGUUAGUCGACUACGUUUAUGGAUUGGAGUUUGUUAAAAAGAAAGGUGUUGAUAAAAAAGAAGCACAGUUAAUGCUUUUUGUCAUCCAAAUGGUUUCUGAAGCAGCAAGAUCCAAAUAUAUAGAAGACAUGAUUCUUCAAAAUUUUGACACAUCUAUCGUCCCGGAUCCUAAAGCGAGAAGUUUGGAAAAUGAAUGGGGGAAAAUUAGUGAAGGUAUUAAGAACUCUAAGAAUGGAGUAAUCUCACCGGAGCUUGAUGAUUUACUGGAUGCUCAGGGUAAGGCAUGGAAAGUGUCAAAAGUUAAAGACAUAGAAGGUGAUAUGGGGCUCUUGAAAUACUCAGGCAAGAAGAAGCUAUUAGCUCUAUUUUAUGACAUGUUCUUGACUUUUUUUAAAGCCAAUAAUGAGGAGGCUGAAUUGUGAAUCAGAACAAGGUGGGUUGCAUCAAUGAGAGUAAUUACACGCGUUUUGCUAUAAGCCAAUGUAUUAUGUGUGAAAAUUAUUGGUGUUACAGUCAAAUAAGGCAGCAAUAUUUUUGUUUAGUUUGUAACUUGUAGUCCCCGUCAACAUACAUGAAGGGACAGUAGUAUUUCAAUCCAUGCAACGCAGAAUUUCUACAA